AACUUUGUGUAAUAAUUAACAAAUACUAGUAACAUGCCAUGUCAUACUUCGUGUUACUGCAUUAUGUAUAAAUGUAAAACAUAAGUAGCUUCGUGAGUAAAUAACAGUAUAAAAAUUCAAGAACGAACGAAUUCUGUUGUUUUUACGUGUAUGUGCGUUAAAAAGAAUUUGUUGUUUUUUUUAUCUACUCCACUUGUUAAUAAUGUUUUCCGCUUCAAGCCCGGAUUUACAGUAAGCGGAAUCAAUAUUCGUCCGCAGUCUGUUUCGACAAAAGCGCUGAUGAUGGGUGAACCGAUUGUAAAAGUUAAACAGGGAAAAUUGCGGGGAAAAUUGACGGAAAAUAUUCGAGGAGGAAGUUAUUACUCAUUCCAAGGUAUUCCUUACGCUAAACCGCCCAUUGGUAAUUUACGAUUCAAGGACCCUCAGCCACCUGAACCUUGGAAUGAUGUGCGAGAUGCGACAGAAGAAGGCAAUAAUUGCUACUCUAGAGAUAUGAUAUUGAAGUCGAUAAAAGGUUCAGAAGAUUGCCUUUUUCUCAACGUAUAUACUAACCAGUUGUCUUCUCAAACCUCUGUACAUAAGCCGGUAAUGGUUUGGAUUCAUGGAGGUGCAUUUAUAACAGGAUCAGGACAAAAGGCAGUUUAUGGACCCGAUUUUUUGCUUAAGGAAGACGUUGUCUUAGUUACCAUUAAUUACAGAAUAGGAGUUCUAGGAUUCGCAAAUUUUAAAGAUCCAUCGUUAGAAGUUUCUGGAAACGCAGGUCUAAAAGACAUGGUGCUAGCUUUGAAAUGGGUAAAGGAAAAUAUUUCUGCUUUUGGCGGAGAUUCAAAUAAUAUAACGAUAUUCGGUGAAAGCGCUGGGGGUGCAGCGGUACAUUUCCUUGUUUUAUCUGCAAGUGCAAAAAAUUUAUUUCAUAAAGCAAUUGCUCAAAGUGGAUCCGCAUUGAACCCAUGGGCAAGGGGGAAACCUACAGCUGCGUUGUUUGCUGAAGUUCUAGGAAUCGACGAUUGGAACGAAAAAAAAGUUUUUGAUAUUUUGAGAAGCCUUCCGGUCGAGGAACUCCAUCAGGCUCAGGAAAAAGUCAAAGACCACAUCAAAUGUAGCGAAAAACGACCAUUCGGACCAGUAAUAGAAGAUCCGUCAAGUAAAAAUCCAUUCUUGACCGAAGAGCCUCUUCAUCUGAUAAGGAGUGGUAAUUACAGUAACGUCCCUUUUAUGACAGGCUAUACAUCCAGGGAAGGUAUGUUAUACGCAAUGGAAUACGUGGCAGCCGAACGUGCCAUUCCAUCCCCUAACAAUACAGAAGAUUUAAUUCCUUACUCUUAUAAUGUUCCUAAGGGCAGCGAAAAAUCAAAGAAAAUAGCAGAAGACCUGAAACGAUUUUAUUUUGGGGACGAAGAUCCCUCGGUAUCUAAUAUGGAUAGCACGUAUCUGCUAUAUACAGAUGCUUGUUUCUAUCGGGGAAUAUAUGAAACAAUAAAGGAACAAGUUCAGAACUCAAAAUCUCCCAUUUACUUUUAUAGAUUUUCAUUUGAUGGCAAAAUGAACCUUUUGAAAAAAAUCAUGCAUCUAACGCAGCCAGGUGCAAGUCAUGCUGACGAGCUGGCGUAUUUGUUCAGUAAUCCCUUGUUCCUACCCGACAAUAGGGAAUAUAGUUUAGAAAUCCUGACCAUACACCGAUUAUGUAAAUUAUGGACUUCAUUUGCACGUUCAGGGAACCCGAAUUUCAAGAGCGAAGAUGACGAACUUAAAACAGAAUGGAAACCAGUGCAAAAAGAUAAAUUACACUAUGCAGAAUUGGGAGAAAAUAUUACAGUUGGGGUUAACCCAGAUGCUGCCAGAAUGGCAUUUUGGGACAGAAUAUUUGGAAUUCCUUCGAAACUUUUAAUUUUCGUCUAUAGAAUGGAAGAACCGACAGCUAAAGUAAGACAGGGGUUACUUCGGGGCAAAAAAAUUCAAAAUGUUAACGGGGGUAUGUACUAUAGUUUUCAAGGAAUACCUUACGCAAAACCGCCCCUUGGAGAUCUUAGAUUUAAGGCUCCACAACCAGCCGACCCAUGGGAAGGUAUCUUAGAUGCCACUAAAGAAGGUAACAUCUGCUAUCAAAGAGAUAUGGUAACAAGGAAAAUACAUGGUUCAGAAGAUUGUUUAUUCUUAAAUGUUUACAUAAAUGAGUUACCAAAAAAUAAUGAGAAUAGUAAUAAACCAGUUAUGGUUUGGAUUCAUGGUGGAGGUUUCACAUGUGGAUCGGGUAACACAGAUCUGUAUGGACCUGAUUAUCUUUUAAGUGAAGAUGUCAUUGUUGUCACAAUCAACUAUCGUCUUGGUCUUUUUGGAUUUUUGAGUCUUGAAGAUUCCACCUUCGACAUUCCUGGAAAUGCGGGACUCAAAGACAUGGUCCUAGCUUUAAAAUGGGUCCAGGAAAAUAUUGCAGUAUUCGGAGGCAACCCUAACAAUGUUACAAUUUUUGGGGAGAGUUCGGGGGGAUGGGCAGUUAAUUUCUUGUUACUGUCACCUUUGGCAAAAGGAUUAUUUCAUAGGGCAAUUAUGCAAAGUGGUUGUGCCCUGAACACGAGAUCCUUAGGAGUCAAAGGGGUUAAGAGAAUUGCUGAUGCUAUCGGACAUAAAGAUAAAAGUGAAAAAGAGAUUUUAGAUGUUUUGAACAACGCCAGUACAGAUGAAGUGUUUCAGAUGUUACAAAAAAUUGACGACGAUUAUAGAACAGACGUAAUACGGUCAUUUGGUCCAGUAAUAGAAGAUCCAUCGGAUCCUUCAGCAUUUAUAACUAAAAUCGCUAUAGAAUUAAUAAGAUCUGGCAAUUUUAACCAAGUUCCUGUUAUGGUGGGUUACGUUACACGAGAAGGCAUGUUGAUGGUUGCCCGUGCAACGAUAAGGAACCAAGAAAUUCCCAUGCCCACUGACUUUGAAAGAUACGUACCCUAUUAUUUAAAUCAUUCGAGAGCCACUGCUAAAUCAAUAGAAACUGCGAGGAAGAUAAAAGAGUUUUAUUUUGGUGAUGAUGAACCUUCUAAUCAAGACGUUGAUUCAUUAUUGCAGCUUUAUACAGACGUAUUUUUCUUAAGGGGUUUACACGUAGCCGCUACAGAAAUAGCCAAAGCAUCGUCAUUUCCGGUGUUUUUCUACAGAUUUUCCGUCGACGCUGGUCUCAAUUGGUAUAAGAAUUAUGCUAACAUUAAAUUUCCAGGUGUGGCACACUGUGACGAACUAGGAUAUUUGUUUACAACAAAAUUGGUAAAGAAGCCGAGGCAUCUUAGUAUAGAAGAUAUAACAAUUGGUCGAAUGACAAAGUUGUGGACGACUUUUGCGCGUACCGGAAAUCCAAAUCCACAACAACCGGAUGAAAACAUUCUAAAUGUAAAGUGGUUGCCAGUGACUGGAGAAGACGAUGUUAACUUUCUUGAUAUUGGAGAAAAUAUUACCGUUGGAAAAAAUCCCGAAGCUGUUAGGAUGAAAUUUUGGAAAGAUGUAGGGUACUACUGAUAAUACAAAACAAAAUAGCGAAUAUGUAUACCGUAAUAAAAAUGUUCUUAUUUA